ACUCGUCCCGGGUUCCUGCCCUUCCCCGUUCCUUCCCUGGGCUUCUAGGGUGAAGACCCGGAGCUAGGAGGUCGUCGGCGAUGAGCCACCUCUACAGCAGCCACCUCUCCGCCAUGGGCAGCCCCUCCAUGGUGUACCUCCCGGCUGCCCUGAGCUUCGCCCCCAGCGCUGCCAUCUCCAGGCAGGACCCCCCGCAGAAGCCCCCCUACAGCUACAUCGCUCUCAUCGCCAUGGCCAUCAAAGAAGCUCCGGAGCAGAAGGUGACCCUCAGCGGCAUCUACCAGUUCAUCAUGGACCGCUUCCCUUUCUAUCACGACAACAAGCAGGGCUGGCAGAACAGCAUUCGACACAACCUCUCCCUCAACGACUGUUUCGUCAAGGUGCCGCGGGAGAAGGGACGACCUGGCAAGGGCAGCUACUGGACCCUGGAUCCCCGCUGCCUGGACAUGUUCGAGAACGGCAACUACCGCCGGAGAAAGAGGAAGCCCAAAGCCCCGGGGCCAUCGGAGGCGAAGGGCAGCGCCGCCCCGACAGACGGGGAGCAGCCGGGGCCGGUCGCUUGCCCCGACGAGCCCAAGAGGGCCAAGGGGAGCUGGGUAGCGGACUCAGGCGACGACGGGGUCUGCAGGCCGGCCGGGGGAGAAGCGGCUGCCCCCGGAGGUCCGUCCCGCUGCGUCCGUGCCUCGACCUCUGCCGCGCCCCGGCCGCCCCCCGCCGCCGCCGCCCCGCCGCACAAGAGCGGCCCGAGGGGCCGCAGCUUCAGCAUCGACAGCAUCCUCGCCCAAGGGCUGAGACAGCCGCCCCCCGGGGCAGCCCCUAAGGCGGCCCGGGAAAGUCCCGUCGGUUGCCUCGGCGGCUCCCUGGUCGCCAGCGGCGGCUUCGGAACGGCCCUCAACGCCUCCCUCAUGCUCGACUCCCAGGUGCACGGGAGGCUCUACCACAUCGGCAUCCCCUUCCUCUCCUGUUUUCCUCUCCACUUCUCUGAGGCGGUGUUUAAUUUCCAGUAGUUGCCCCAUAAUUAUAGCCCCAGCCCCCGCCCCCCGGGAGCGCGCUGGGAGGGAGAGACCGGACUCAGACCUCACCAAGCGGGUGAGACCAAAAGAACCCCAAAGUGAUGUUAAAGGUAACUCAGGAUUUCAGGGCAUUUUCAA